AUUUUCCGACGAGCUGACAAGAACGAUGAUGGGAAGCUAUCAUUUGAGGAGUUCAAGAACUAUUUUGCUGAUGGGAUCCUGAGCUCGGAGGAGCUGUGGGAGUUGUUCAGUGGCAUUGACAGGCGUCAUUCAGAUAAUGUGGACACGGAAAAAUUAUGUGAUUAUUUUUCAGCCUAUCUCGGAGAAUACAGGAAUGUGCUUUCUGCCCUGGAAGCCCUCAACUCUGCCGUCCUGGCAGCCAUGGACAAAACCAAGCUGAGGUAUGAGACCUCCUCAAAGAUGGAGCAGUUCCUGACCCGUUUCCUGCUGCGGGAAACCAUGCACCAGCUGCAGUCCCUGGAGGCCUCGCUCGAGUGUGCUGUGGACACUGUGGAGGAGCAGGCGGGAAGGGAGAGAAAGGACAUAAAGAAAUCUGAGUCUUCAGUUGGCCUGAAGUCAGGGAGACGAUGUGGACGCAGAGGACAGAAGAACAUCUGUCUGUCUCCGACAGACCCCUAUUCCGGGAUGCUAACAACAGGCAUUUGUGUCAAAGACAACAGCCAGUGGAUGGCACAGAUCAAUAGGCUCCAGCAGCUCAUCGAAAAACUGGAGUGCAAGAGCCCACGCCUGGAGCCACUGAAGGAGGAAGCGAUGUGCAAAGGAAGAGAUGCACACAUCCUGGUGGCGAAGAGGCAGAUCUCGGUGGCGACGAGCAGCGUUGAGGAGUUUCGCCAGGCAUUCAGAUCCUACACGGAGGUCACCGCUGGGCAGAGCAACUGCCUGCAUGUGUCCGCCUGCAAGCUGACAGACGAGGCCUGCUUCAUCCUUUACGAGUUCUGGCAGGACGUGACUUCGUGGAGAAGCCACUUGCAGUCCAGCUGCAGCAAAACUUUCCAGCAGGCCAUCAUCAGCUUGCUGGAGUCCCCGGAGCUGCUGACCACCAUGCUGUUCCCAGCCUCCUGGUGGAUCAUGAACAACAACUGA